AUGUGGAAGCUUCUCUCAUUUCUGGCCCAUGCCGGCUCUGCCUGGUGCUACACAGUGGGUGUGCAUCUCGCCACCCCUACCGACAUCAGGGGGCCGAUUGGCGUGUCUUUUGUGUCCUUUUCGAUAGAAUUCAGUUGGUUUCCGGAGUUUGCGGGCAACUUAUCAACACCCAACACAUUUACCAAUCAGCUCCUUUCAAAUCUUGGUAGAGUCUCUGGAAAGCCGCCCUACAUCCGGGUCGGCGGCAACUCCCAGGACAAUGCCCUCUAUGACCCAGAGCUGGAGGCUGCAUACAAGCAUGUGUUCAACAAUCCGGACAUCCCGUAUCCCACCAGCAUGACAUACGGCAAGGCGUAUUUCGAGGGUUACCAGACCCUUUCUGGUGUCAAAUUCUCCCACGGCUUCAAUCUUGGAGCAAACGAGACCAAUGGUGGAAUCGAGAAUCUCAGGGCUACCUUCCCUUUGGUUUGCGAGGCCAUUGGCAAGGACAAUUUUGCCUUCUGGGAAAUAGGCAACGAGGCUGACACCAAGUCAAAUAGAGGGCCUAUUAGAGAUCAUGACGAAUGGGGCCCUGCGGCAUACACCGAGGACUGGCAAUCUAGGAUGGAUCUGUUGGCCGCCAUGCACGAGGAGACAUGUGGGGAUAAGCCGCUGCGGAUGCUAGGACCAUCAUUCGCCGGUCUCAGGUGGGUUGAGCAAGCUCUCGACCUUGGUUUGGGUGGCCAACUCGGCGCAAUCGGAACGCAUCACUACAUUGCCAACUCACUGGAUCCUCAGGUCACGCUCCGAGGCUACCUACUCAACCACACACUGACAAGAGAAGGACUGGCUUCUCAAGAGCGCAUCAUGCAGGCUGUUGAAGAUACAAACUUGCCUUACAUCAUCGGAGAGGGAAACAGCCUGUACAACCAAGGUCGCCCAGGGGCCUCGGAUGUCUUCGGAGCGGCUCUAUGGAACAUUGACUUUAGCCUGCUCGCUGCCUCGUUGGGGAUCCACCGGAUUUAUUUCCAUCAAGGCGUCAACUACAUCUACGCAGGGUGGCAACCCUCGCACGUAGGCACGACGCACCCUUCAACCAAACCUCCCUACUACGGUCAUGUUGCCGCAGCGACUACCCUUGGCAACUCGGGUGAGCGCGACGUGCAGGUCGCCGAACUUCCUCUGGGAAGCGAGACAGAUUCAGCGUAUGCCAUCUACGAAGACGGGAAGCUUUCUCGAAUUGCCGUGCUAAAUAUGAGGGAAUACAACCAUACCUCGGACCUCGAACGUCCAAAUCAAACUUAUACCUUCUCUUUGAAUGGGAGGGGGCGCAAAUGCGGACACAAAAUGGCUGCUGUGCAGCGACUCCUGGCAGAUGGAGCUGAUUCUAUCUCUGGUAUCUCAUGGAACGGGUACUCUUACAACCACGACCUAGAUGGAGGGAAGCCAGUGCUGCUGAGUAACGUUACAGCAGCUUGCAACGAGACCGUUCGACUGCUUAACGGCACAUUUUCUGUCGACCUUUCAGACUCUUCAUUCGCGCUUAUCAAUCUUCAAUGA